AUGAAAUUUUCUAAUGUUUUAUUAGGAAUUGUCGGCUUGACACCAACACAAUUUAGAUUUUGUUUUCAAGACUUGAAGAAAAGUUUUAUUUUUCUUCUUCUGGACAUUUCACAAAAAGACUUUAAAGUAUCAGAUUACAGCGUAUACAUUGUAGCUAAUCCAAUGAAAAUUUUCUUGACAUGUUCUAGACGUGCCAUGGCUCAACUAGAUUAG